UUUGUCCUUAUUUAUCCCUGGAGAAGACACAUUGGAGAAAAUUGUUACUUGUGCAGUGAGUGUGUGCAGUUUCCUAGCUGUAGAUCCAUCAUAGUUCGAGAACGGACAGUUCACAUUGGAGAAAGGUGUUAUGAGUGUACUCAAUGUGGGAUAUCUUUUAGACGAAAAUUUUACCUCAUUGUACACUGGAGAGUUCACACAGGAGGAAGGCCUUUUGAGUGCAGUGAGUGUUGGAAAUCCUUUAGUCAUCAAUCUUACCUCACUCAACACUGGAAGGUUCAUAGUGGAAAAAGGCCUUAUGAAUGCAGUGAAUGUGGAAAAUCUUAUACUUCUCACCCUGGCCUCUAUUAUCUGGAUCACACAGGAGAAAGGCCUUAUAAGUGUAGGGAGUGUGGGAAAUCUUUUACCAGUAGGAGGAACCUUCGUUAUCAUCAGGGAGUUCAUACUGAGUGCAGUGAAUGUGGGAAAUCUUUUCCAUCUAGGUCCGGCCUCUGUUAUUAUCAGAGAGUUCACACAGGAUCGAGGCCAUAUGAGUGUAGUGUGUGUGGGAAGUCUUUUUCCAAGAGCUCUGUGAUUACUGAACAUCAGAGAGUUCACACUGGAGAUAGGCCUUAUCAGCGCCGUGAAUGUGGGAAGUCUUUUUUCUCUGGUUCCAACAUCAAUAAUCAUCAGAGAGUUCACACAGCAGAAAGGCCUUAUGAGUGCAGUGAAUGUGGGAAAUGUUUUCCCUGUAAUUCCGUCCUUCAUGAACAUCAGAGAAUUCACACAAGCAAAAGGCCUUAUGAGCGCACAGAAUGUGGGCAGUCCUUUAGAGCAAAUUCUUCUCUCCUUGAAUACUGUAGAGGUCACACUGGAGAGAAGCCUUAUAAAUGCAGUGAAUGUGGAAAAUCUUUUUCAUCUAGGUCUGGUUUCCGUUAUCAUCAGAGAGUUCACACAGGAUCGGGGCCAUAUGAGGGUAGUGAAUGUGGGAAAUCUUUUCCCCAGAGCUCUGCACUCCUUCAACAUCCAUGUUCACAGAGGUGAAAGGCCUUAAAUGUGUGGUGAAUGUGGGAAAUCCUUUACCACUAGUUCCACCCUUUGUUAUCUUCAAAGAGUUCACAAGCAAAGCCUUAUUCGUGCAGGGAAUUUGAGAAACUCUUUCCUAAAUAAUUCACCUUAUUAUACAUGGUAGGAUUUGCACUGGAGAAAGACCUUGAAUGUGCAAGGAAAUGUGUAAUUUUCUUGUUCAGGGUAACGACCCUGGAAGAAACUGAGGAGCCACCCAUCUGAAUUCAAUCUGAUACAUCCAGUUAUCCACAGGGGGAGAUACCCCUUAAGUUUCAGUUAUGUGGGAAGCAUUUGUGGCUAUACUGCACUUUGUAACCUGUCCAGAGAUUUUCCCAGAUUUAUGUCACUGUCCGUUUCUGUGGCUAUUUUACCUGUAUCGCCUGGCAGGUCCACACGGUGUGCAUCAGUCACCAGCCCAGUGUGCUCAGGAAAACUGACCUCUGUUCUUCCAAGUGUUGGAGCAAACUAGGAGUAGGUCAGUCCCUUCGGGGUUGGUGUUCCCCUCUCUCUGACUACGUGUACAAAAGCCUGAAGGAAUGUUGGCCCAGAGAAUAUCAUAAGAAUUCAGCUGACCAUGUGCAGAGAAGGACAACCCUUUUCAGGGACGUGUUCUCACAUGAUCAGUUUUUCCAGCUAGCAAGUCACCAACCCAAACUGUGUGCCACACAUUGUUUUGGUUUGUAUAAUACGGGUGCCUUAAUGUUUAAGGCCUGUUUUGUUUUGGGAGUUCUUUGUACUGCAGGAGGUUUUUUAUAAGGAGAUUUGGGCUCCACCGGCAUAGGCCUCAGGGAGGAUAGUACGAUGGCAAAAAGUGGCUUGCCGUUUUUGGCCAAAUUUGCAUUGGUGCCAGUGAAGUCGUAGGAGAGAGGGCAGGGCUUUUUGGUCCUCAUUUGAAGCCUGGAUGCUAUGAGUUUUAGGAGACUCAUACAUCACCCUGAAGAGGAGUAAGAUGUGACAACCUCAAGUUCUUGGAGCAGCAUGAAUUUUUUCCCCUGUUCACAGCGGGUAUCACAGGAGGUGUCAGCACUGUUGAGAGGCAUCUCCUCCCGUGGUCUUGCAAAUAGCAUGUGCCCUGAUGUCCACAAUUCCAUGGGUGACUGUCACUGGUUGUAAGACUAUAGGGGCCAGGGGAAACUGAAACUGCUACAGAAACUGGGUUAGUAGGGAGCAGAGGAGACAGUAGCCAGCUCAUUGGAAUGUGCCUCUUCUAAAAGUGCAUCCACAGAUGUCUUUGUGAUAAUGACCGAUGUGCAGGAUCAGCGUGUACACAAAUCUCAGGACCUCCAGGCAGGUUUAUGUUGUGUAGCUGAGGUCAUUGUCAGAAGAGAUAAUUGGAACGUUCUGUGGAAUUUUGUAGCUGACCUGAAGUGUUCGCCUUAAGGCCAUUGUUGCACAGGCAGGAAAAGGUAGAGAAAAGUAGUCCAGGGAUGUGGCUCUUGUGAGCCAGCCAGCAUUCCUAUUGACUGAAGUGGAAAUGUCCUUUAUUACUCGUCAGUAUUUGCUGCCACUGAGGCAAGACUGACCUCCAGAGGGCAUGACUAGAAAGGUGGUGGAGCAAGUAUAGGGUUGCCAAAACUGUUUUCCAAAAAAGUGGGACGUAUAGAUUUUCUUAGCUUGAAGUGUUUUUUAAAGCUUUAUUUAGGUGUAAUAUACGUGUAGAGAACUGUACAUUUUUAAAGUGAAGUAUUUGAUAAGUUUUGACAUACACAUGAUACCUGUGAAAACAUCAUCACAGUCAUGGUAAUGACCAUAUGUGUCACCAUGUAUUUGCCUGAUUUCCUUUUAUAAUCUGUCUGUCCCUGCCCUUCACAGCCCUCCAAGCAACCAUUGAUUUAUUUUCCCUUGUAAUAGAUAUCUUUACGAUUUCUAUAAUUUACAUGAUGGAAUCCUAAAAUAUUUACCUUUGUUUUCUCCUGGUUUUGUGUUUUGUAAUUAUUUUGAGAUUCAUCAAUGAUGUUAA